UUUUCAUGGAACUGAAGUGCGAAUGGCAAGUACAUGUCGCAAAGUGUGUGAAUUAGCCUACCUCUUAGAAGCCGAAACGGACAACCUGGUAAAACAUUAGGAGAACAGUUGGAAAACAUCUGGUGGAAAUGGCUACGAACGGUUCGCAAGGAGAUGAAGCACCAGGACGCGAUCCUCUCACAGGUCCAUUUCCGUCAGCUGCAGUAGGGCCUCCAAACCAGGGCAAUUACUUUAACUAUCAGCAACAUUCACAAAUGCCACAAGACACGCAUCCUCAAACUGGUGGAGAAGCAGCAGGAACCAAAGAGGAGGAGAUGAGCGUUGAUGAGGGCUCGACGACUCCUUCCCACCACGUUGAUCAGGAUAUUGCCAAAAAUGGAACCGCUAUAACUCAGCAGCCUUCGAAAAUCUCAUCAGCACCCCAAACAUCACAGCAACACUUUGGACAAUCCAGUGGAGAUAGCCCGCCACAAGCCCCCAUGAUCCAAGGGAAUUCCAGUCAUCCUUCAACACAUGGAGAAUCAACAAGUUCAGUCCCAAAGGAAUUCACUGAGCUCCCAGGAUCGACAACACAUACUAUGGAACAAACACCAGGAGCACAAGGACGGUAUGAUGGCGCUAAAGGCUUGAUGUCAUCGCAGAGCUCCUUUGACCGAGGUUCUGAAGAUCUGGAUGAAACGAAUCCACAAGAGGAUCUAAUGCAGCUGUCUCCUCAAGAUGUUGCAGCAGUGCUCGUGGAAGUAAAAUGUGGACUAAAAGAACUACCACAAAAAUGGCAAAAGACUUUAGAGAAGGCCCUCCAGACAUUCUGCAGUAAACUUCCGUGGGAAGUUGAGAUUAGGAGUGUACACGUCUUAGAAACUCCAUUUGCAGCCAAUGUUAUUGUAUGCCCUUCAUCAGCCUGUGAGAAGCUGUUAGAGCUGAAGUCAGGAACACUAAAGCUCAAGGAUAUAGAAGACGAAGUCGUGGUGCACUUCAAAACUGAAGUACCAGUAGAUGAGCCUUCUCCAGUGCCAGCACUCCGCAAAAAAUAUGCAAAUUCUGUGCAAAAAGCAGAAGAGAUCCCAAUGGCAUUGAGUAUGGUUGUGGAUGUCAAGAAGUAUGACCGUCAUCUUGCUAAUGAACUUUCGACGAAAUUCAGACAAUACCGUACAAAGGAUGAUGUUCUCAUUGUGAAAGGGACCUUCGAAGAGGUGGACGAAUUUUACAAUAAAUUUCGGCAAGUUGUUGGACAUCCAAUAACAAGUAAUACCCACACUGUGUCUGAACACACCAACCCUGACCAGAUGGAGACCAGUAGAGAGAGUAGUGGAGAGACUAUGAAGGUGCCACUGUAUCAGUACUGGUACAUGAAUCACAUGCUCACGAAGGAAAUAGAAAGUAUUCAAGAGAAACAUGGAGUGCAAAUCAAAGCUGAUGUGUCUGUUUCAGUUGAAGAGACUACUGGAGCCAAUAGCAAGUCAGUCACAAAUGCCUCUCAAGAAUUUCAAAAACGUUUCCUGGAAUGUGCUGCUAACGUUAUUAGUGUCCCAGUGCCAAGUGUAGUUGAUGUGGUAAGGGAGAUUCAGGGCUUAGAUGACAAACUCAUGCUUUAUACCUCUGCCCAGAACUGGAACCUAUUAGGGCCACCUAAUCAUGUAACUGUAGCACAGAGAAUGUUGAAUCUGCCAGAUUACAAGGAAGACACAAGACCCAAGAUGUCGGAGAAUGGAUGGCAGGACACAGCUGAAAACAUGAGUUCCCGUAAGAGAUGGGAUGGACCCAAAGGUAUUGAGAUGGACAUCAAGGACCCUCACCUGUCCAAGGGGCUGCACAUUGAGUGUGACUGUUGGGAGCUCAUGGGGAAAGCUUUCCAGAAGCAAAUUAAGGAUCUUGAGAAUAAAUUUGGUGUUGACUUCCAGGAAAACAAGACCGAUAAAUAUGUAAUUAUCACAGCUCAGACAAGGGGGAAUAAAAUAGUCUUUCUGGAAAUGAAUGCCUUAAGGGCACUCAUGUCUCUUUAUCAAAAAGCUUUUAUGACAACUAUGUACUGUCCCUUGCAAAACCCAUCUCACCACCAAACAGAGAUGGUAAAGAAACAUCUCAGCGACAUCCGAGAACAGAACUCAUCUCUUGCCUCCGUUGGAGAUGGAAUACAGAAUGGAGUCUGGAUCAUGAUUGGCCUUCCAGAUCAUCUACGUUUUGCAGUAAGCGAAAUCGAGAAGCUUGUUGGAGAAGCUAUCUUUGAUAAAAAACACAAGGACAUGAUUGGAUAUGAGCGAGGUACUGAGUACUUGAUACCGUAUGUUGAUGAUCCAGCAAGGGAAGCUACAAAAGGGGAUGAAGAAAUGGAGUGGAAACCAGGAGCAGCUGGUGGGGAACUGGUUUAUGAGAACACGGGUGGAGCAGGAUGGAAAGCAGAUAGAGGAUAUGAGGGUGGUGCAAAAGGAAAUGGAUCGUCAGUGGAUGGACCAACCAGUAUGGAUCUAUAUGGAGAAGAGGAACAAAAGCCAGGAGGGAGGAAGGCAGCAAAUGUAUAUGAAGGACAAGAAAAGAGGGAGGCAGCUUCAAGAGAAGGACCAAAUGGCAAUCACAAAACACUAACUGGAGGAAAAGAUGAAAGUGGACCCUCAGAGGAUGAGACCUGCCCCAUCUGUAUGGAUGAGUUUACCGAUAAAGAGAAGCUGUUGUGUGGCCAUGCUUUCUGUAAGGACUGCCUAAGACAGUCAGUGGAAAGCAUGGGUGCCACCUGUCCUGUGUGCAAGAAGGUGUUUGGAAAGGUUGUGGGAGACCAGCCAGAUGGAACGAUGACACACUAUGCACAGAGUACACGCCUUCCAGGGUAUAAACAUUGUGGCAGCAUAGUCAUUAACUAUCAAAUUCCCAGUGGCAUUCAGUCGAGCAAACAUCCCAAGCCAGGGCGAUCAUUCCAAGGUACACACAGAACAGCUUACUUGCCAGACAACAAGGAAGGGAGGGAGGUACUGGCACUCCUGAGAAAGGCCUUUGACCAGAGGUUGAUAUUUACAGUGGGCACUUCACGCACCAGUGGCGUGGAUGACUGUGUGACCUGGAAUGAUGUUCAUCAUAAAACCAACAUCCAUGGAGGAGCACAAAGUUUUGGCUACCCGGAUGAUGACUACCUAAAGAGAGUUCGAGAUGAACUCAAAGCCAAAGGCAUUGAAUGAAGAAGCUGCCAUAAUAACAGCUUAGAUGCCGACAGCAAGGGUGGAUUUCUGUGAUACUAUCCAAGUAUUUAGUCCUUUAACCUUUCUGUUGUUAAGAUUACUUACAUAUUUGAUUAAUAUCGGGCUGUUUGCAUUGUGUGUGAUCAUAGCAAUGUAGGGAACUAGCAGGGAAAUGUUCAAAGUUUAUUCUAUUGAAAAUCUCUAUGUUUUUCUUGCUGUUUUUUUUGUCUAGUAUCUCGUGAUGGAGUACUAUUAUGAAGGGAUCUUCAAAUCAACUGCCGUUAUAUAUUGUUUAACUGAGAUUAAUUUGUGUAAUGUCUUAGAGGUAUGAGGGAAAAUAUAAUUGAAAAGGUUUGUUGCCAUUAUGAAUAAUAAAUAUACAACAGACUGCCA